UGGCGUAGCGCUGCGCAGUGCGCGUGCGCCGCGGCCGUUGUGGCGGUUACGGAGGUUGAGCCCCCUCAGGGGUCGGGGCGGCCUCGCUGCGGCGCCGAGCGGGAUGGAGGAGGAAGACGAGGACUUCGUGUUGGCGCUGCAGCUCCAGGAGCUGUGGGAAGCGGAGGAUAAGGCGGCAGCGUGCUCGGAGGCCCUGCCGGACCUCUCUCCCCACAGGCCGCUGUCGGUGGUGGAUGAAGCCUGGGAGCUGCUGGACCCCAGCCCUGACGUGCGCGGCCUUUUCGUGCAGUUCAACGAGACUCUCUUCUGGGGGCGCCUGGCGGCUGUGGAGGUGUCGUGGAGCCCCCGUAUGACCCUCUGUGCUGGAGUGUGUAAAUAUGAAGGAAAAGGUGGAAUGUGUUCCAUUCGUCUCAGUGAGCCUCUCCUAAAAUUAAGGCCAAGGAAGGAUCUUGUUGAGACACUCCUACAUGAAAUGAUCCAUGCCCUGCUUUUUGUUACUAACAACGACAAAGAUCGGGAAUCUCACGGCCCAGAGUUCUGCAAACACAUGCGGCGCAUCAAUCGCUUGACUGGAGCCAAUGUCACAAUCUAUCACAGUUUCCACGACGAGGUGGAUUUGUAUCGGCAGCACUGGUGGCGCUGCAACGGCCCCUGCCGGAACCGCAAGCCCUACUUUGGGUACGUGAAGCGUUCCAUGAACAGAGCGCCCUCUGCACGGGACUUCUGGUGGGCUGAGCAUCAGGAGAAGUGUGGAGGUACAUUCACAAAAGUGAAGGAGCCAGAGAACUUCUCUAAGAAAUCCAAGGAGAAAACCCAGCCAGAAAAGGUUCCAGAUUCCAAGUCAACUAAUAAAGGCAAGACACAAAUGCAUGAUACACAAGAUCUGAUGCCUUUUAGUGGGAAAGGGUAUCGCCUUGGAGGAGGAAACAGUGGACUCUCAGAAAAAAAUACAAAUUCCAGCAGCAGUGUUAGAAACAGUGAAACACCAGGGUCACAGCAUCAUCCAGCUGUAAGGACAAUACCAGUCCCUAAAAACGAGAUAAAAUUUGAAAACUCACCCCGUAGUGGUAUCUUCUUUCCACUUUAUACCAAUGAUGCCAGUGAGAAAAUCAACUUAGCUUCAAAGCGAGAGUUUCCUAAGCCCUCUGUUGCUAAUACAAAAGCUUACAAGAAUGUUGGUGGAUCACCUGUUAAAAUUGCUCGUGUUACAGAAGAAAAAGCAAAGCAAAGCUCUGCAAAUGGCAAGAGGGUUGUACCGUUCCAUACCCGGCCACCAAAACAGAUUUGUGUUGAGCAGACAACAGCAGCUCAGGUCACAUCUGAGAAAAAAAGCCCUGAGUGUCCUAAUGCACGACAGCAAUGGCCAAAACUGGAAGACAGAACUGCCUUUGAAAACUAUUUCAUUAAAAAAGGGAGUACUGAUGUCCCUUUAAGUAUAAACACACCUGUGAAAACCAAAGCUGAAUCUACAGUGUCCUCAGCAAGUUCCAGCACUGCUGUGAGGCAGGAUAAAAAAGUCAGUUGUCCUGUUUGCCAGACUGAGGUUUUGGAGUCUAAAAUAAAUGAACACCUCGAUUCUUGUCUUGCAUAGGACCCUUCAGAAUGUUUUCUCAAAAAGAUAAAUCAGGGCUGAAAGCAUUGCUUGAAACCAAAUUUGCUCAGGAUUUGCUUAGCUGCAGUUAUUUCCCUAUGUGCCUGGUCUGAACUGGGCUGUAAACUUUCAGCAUGCUGAACAUCAGGUCUUGUGGAGCUGCACAUCAGUGCUGACUAGGAAGCCAGUUGCUACUUGCAUUCCAAAGUAUCCAGCACUUGUGUUUUAGCUGCUGGAUGUUUGUGCCAACGUUCUUGCUGCAGAAUCUGAGUGAUAGAAGAGAAGGUGGAUACUUGCUGAACUGCAUGUUUCCAAGGUAGUUUUAAAAAUUUAAACAUUUUUAAUCCUUCUGAUUCAUUUUUUGUUCUCAAGACCCCUUUGUGGUGGUGUUUUUAAGUGUCUUUGGCCAUUCUGUAAGGUAACCACCUGGAAAAGGUCAGACUUUGAGUUAAGUGGCAGGUGUUUUUAGAAGAGUAAAUAUUUUACAUAAGCCACAGCUACACUCAUGGUCCUUGUCACCUGUGACAUUUUAAAACAGGAGAUGAGAGUGACAAUCCUAAUUAUGGUUUUUCUUGACAUAGGUGGGAGAGGCAUAGGCAUCCUAAUCUUAGCAAAGCAUCCGUGUAGGGUUAAUGGAUGGAUGGCAACAGAGAAAAUUCAGAGGGGCACUGAAGGUGCUAGGGAAUCAAGCAUGGGAUACUUGGUAGAUGAGAGGGCUCUGCACUUAAUGGCUCAAUUGGAAAAGAUCAUUUUGGAGAGCUCUUUUUCAAGAAGGAUUUAAAAGUUGCCUAUACUUGGAGUGAUCAAGUGGAAGCUAUUAAAUGUCAGUCUUUGCUGUGUCUCUUGGUCCAGGAUCCUGGCUAGAUUGUCCACUUUUUCUGAUGGUUUGCACAAACUAUGUUGAAAGUUCACUACUUUUUAGGAUACGGGUAUUACCUGACCCCCAUAUGCUGUUACUAGUAAGGAAAAGCUGUGAGGAAUAUUGGUAGCAAUAAAGACUCUUCCUGUCUAUAUUAUAAAAGCCUUCAGAUUUUUCAGUUAAACUUCCAGUGCUGUACAGACCAAAAUGGCAUUAAAUAGACAGUUUGAUAGUUUUUGUUUUGCUUCCUCUGGAGGGAAGCCAGGAUGGUGGUUAGGAUCCAACCAACCAGGGAGUUGAGCACUAAAACCAUCCUGCUGUGAGAAGUUAGGAAUGCUGAGCAGAUGUGUUUUCUCUAGAAACUUGCUGAAAUGUUAAUAGUUCUCUUGUUGCACUGAAAGUAUUUAACUGGUUAAACAGUUAACAGCUUGAUUCCUUACUAGUAAAAAGGAGUAUAAAUAUUUUUGUUAAAAAAGAAAAAAAAAAGGAAAAAAAGAGAGGAAAGUGAAUUAUGCUGGUUUGUAUAUUACAGCUACAACUUCAAAUGGCUAUUAAUCUCAGAUGCACCCAUGUUUGCCUUUAAUUACUUGCUGCUCCCCUUUGACAUUGGGAAAUAAACUGAUGUGCAAUUGAAUUUGUCAAAUGAUACCUUUACUCUUUUCAAACAUUGGUGUAUUUUUUUAAAUACUGACAACUACAGAUAUUUCAUGUGAAUCGGGUUUUUCUUGCAUAUUCUGAAUAAACUGGUAUUUGAAUUCUCAA